AUGAUACGAAAUAACUCGGAUGUCAAUAUCAUGGAGGAACAACUUAAAGCGAUGAUGGAGAGAUUCCUAGUAUGCGGCUACCGACGUAAUGACCUAGUGAGAGCAUUAGAAGAAGCUAAGAUAGCCAACUCUCCUAGAGCCAAGGACGGAGCCCCAAGGUUGGUGUUCCCAGUCACUUAUCAUGAUGCUUCCAUGGAAGUUACAAGGAUUAUCAAGGACAAUUGGAAAAUAUUGUCAUGUGAUGACACACUCCCCAAGGUAUUCAAAGAACCUCCCCUUAUCUGCUAUCGAAGGAAUAAAAAUCUAAGGGACAUGUUGGUACAUACGGCCCCCUCGAAAAGCUACGAGAAGAACACCGAGAUGCAGUUCCGGGGCAGUAUACGCUGCCUCGGGUGUGUGACUUGUGGGCACAUGACACCUUCACGUACUUUCCAACAUCCACACAGUAAUAAGAUUUUUCAAAUAUGA